AUGGCCAGCCCAUUGGCCGCUCUCCUGGGCGCGCUGCUCUAUGAGGCAAGUGUUUUGUCGGCCUACAAGGACACGAUCAUGCCGUCGGGGACGUGCAACAUCACCGCCGCCGCCACGAGCAACCUGACGGUGCCCAACCCCAUCCAGGAGAACGCCCACAUCAUCGCCACGUUCUGGAGCGCCCACUACGGCACGCACGUGAUUGUGCUGGGCCGGGACACGAAGCUCUACCACAAGCACCAAACCGCGCCGAACGCGUCCGCGGACUGGAGCGCCUGGAAGUGCCUCACGCCGGACUUGUCCAAGAUCGCGUGCUCGACGGCGCCCGCGUGCGGCGGCUUCGACAACUCGCCCGUCGUCAACGUCGACGCCAACGGCACGGCGACGGUCUUCGUGCGCCAGAUGAGCGACCUCGACAUCUUCGAGACCCACCUCGAGGACCCGGCGGACCCGGACAGCUGGAGCGCGCUCCGCCCGCCGGCGUGCAUCUGCAACUACCCUCCCUGCGCGAACCAGACGAAGUGCGGCGUCGCGCUCUGCGACGAGAAGGGCGUCGACUGCUCCGUCGAGCCGACGACCUCCGACGCCUACUGGUCCUACGGCCCCUUCUUCCCGACGUCGGAGCUGUCGCUGCUGCGCGAGGGCGACAGCCUCGCGCUCUACUACCGCGGCUUCGACGGCGGCUACUACAAGUCCCUCCAGUCGAACCCCGGCGACCCGGCCAAGUUCGUCUACCCGCCGACGCGCCUCGGCGGCUUCGACGGCGGCGAGAACGCCAUCAUCGAGUAG